ACAGUUUUCGAUUUAAUUCCCAAGAAAGAACAUUUAAAUAGACUCAAAGGCAGAAAAAUAAACAUGGGUACCAAAAUCCCUCUCAUGUUGGCCUUAGUUGCCACCCUUGCCAUUGGCAUCCAGGGCUUUUCCACAAAAUUCAAUGUGAAUCACCUCUGCGCCCUGGUCAAUGAUGGCCUCAUGAUCUCCUCGCUGGAUGCCUGCGAUGCCUACUACGAGUGCCGAGGCGGUGUGGCCACUCGUCAGAUCUGUGACAACGGUUUAAUCUUCAGCAAGGACCAUCAAAGUUGUAUGCCCCAGGAUCAGGUCCAAUGCACCUCGGCGAGUAGUGUACCCUGUUCGGGUUAUCAAAUUGGAUCAUGGGCACCCGUGGAAAACUCCUGUACCGAUUUCUAUUAUUGCAGCCAAACUGGUCCGAUGCGCGCCAGCUGUCCCUUUGGCGAAUACUUCAAUCCCGUCAAACAGGCCUGUGUCUAUCCCAGCGACUAUAACUGCGUAGAGGCGACGCCUGAAGUCGACAGUAAUAUCAGUAUUGAGGAUGGCAGCGGUGACAGCGGUAGCUCAAUUUCCAUUACCAUAUCUCUGCCCCUGAACUUGUGUAACUUCAUACCGGGCGGUCUGUUCUUUGGCAGUGCUUCCGCCUGCAAUGGCUGGAACAAGUGCGUGGAUGGUGUUUUGCAGAGCGGCGUCUGUUCCGAUGGUCUGGUCUACAAUGUUCUGACAAUGAUGUGUGAAUAUCCCCAAUGGGUGACAUGUUCCCAGGUUACAAAUGACCCCUUCUUGGUGCCCAAUACCUGCAGUACCAAGAACGUCAAAGCUGCCGGCCCCAGCUGUGACACCUAUAAGAUCUGUGAUGGCAGCUACUAUCAAAUCGCUCAAUGUCCCACGGGAGAGUUUUAUGACACCGUUAGCCAGACGUGUGUGAAUCGCAUGGAGGCCCGCAAUGACUGUGACCGUUGUGAGGGCAGCACCAAUUCCUUUGUCAAUAUGUAUUCCGCCUCGAACUGCACGGGUUAUUUGUACUGCGUCAACGGCGUGGAGGUAUCUUCGGGUUAUUGUGCCAAUGGUAGCUAUUUUGAUGAGCGUGUCGGAGCCUGUGUCAUGGGUGUGAGUGAUCCGAUGUUGGGUUGUUGUAAUCCCCAGUACUACAAGCCAAGUUCGGACACUGACACCACCACGGAUGGCAGCAGCAGCGAUGCCACCACAUCUGAUGCCCCGAAUGCAAGUGCUCCCGCCGGUUCUGAUAGCUCCAGUGGCACUUCUGGUACUUCCACUGGUACAUCCACCGGUACCUCCACGGGUACUUCUACUGGUACCUCUACUGGUACUUCUACUGGUACUUCUACUGGUACCUCCGGCACUUCCACUGGUACUUCUACUGGCACAUCCACCGGUACCUCCACUGGUACUUCUACUGGUACCUCCACUGGUACUUCCACUGAUACUUCCGGUACUUCCACUGGCACUUCCGGAACUUCCACUGGUACUUCUACUGGCACAUCCACCGGUACCUCCACUGGUACCUCCACUGGUACUUCCACCGGUACCUCCACUGGUACUUCCACUGGCACUUCCACUGAUACUUCCGGUACUUCCACUGGUACUUCCGGAACUUCCACUGGUACAUCCACUGGUACUUCCACUGGUACUUCCACUGGCACUUCUACUGGCACUUCCACUGAUACUUCCGGUACUUCCACUGGCACUUCCACUGGUACUUCUACUGGCACUUCCGGCACCUCCUGUACUUCCAGUACCUCCACUGAUACUUCCGGUACCUCCACUGACACUUCCUGUACCUCCACUGACACUUCCGGUACCUCCACUAUCACUUCCACUGGUACAGAUACAUCCAGCAGCACCGGCACUUCCACUGGUACAGAUACAUCCAGCAGCACCGGCACUUCCACUGCCUAAACCAAGUUUCCAAUUUUCUCGAUACCCAGCUGAAGCUGGAUUACGUUUCGAAAAUAAAAUACUAUGCGUUCAUUUAAACUA